CGAGCGACGGAGAAGAUGGCAGCUGGCUCCACGUCGCCUGCAGGCCGCAGCUCCAGCCUGUCCAUGGAGUUUCUGGAGGGACUGACGGAAAUCGCGGAGCUGCAGGAAGCCUACAGCAAGCUGUGCAGCGAGGAGAAGGAGGUCGAAGCAGAACUCGAGGCUCUUGUUGGACAGCAGAGCAGCCUGGAGGGUAAAAUGACCGCUCUGCAUCGGAUGGGUCCAAAUUUGCAGCUGAUUGAGGAUGAUGCCAAACAACUUGCAGGGAUGAUCACGUUUACUUGCAACCUGGCUGAAAAUGUAAGCGGCAAAGUUCGGCAGCUUGACCUAGCCAAGAAUCGGAUUUACCAAGCUAUUCAACGCGCAGAUGACAUCUUGGAUCUUAAGUUCUGCACUGAUGGAGUGCAGACAGCCCUGCGCAAUGAGGACUACGAGCAGGCAGCUGCACAUAUCCAUCGCUACCUGUCACUCGACAAGUCUGUAAUUGAACUCAGCCGGCAGGGGAAGGAGGCUAAUGUCAUUGAUGCAAGCCUUAACCUUUUGCAAGAGGCAGACCAGCGGCUCAGGGUGAUUGUUGCUGAGAAAUUUGAUGUAGCCAUCAUGGAAGGUGACCUGCCACAGGUGGAGCGUUUCUUCAAGAUCUUCCCAUUACUGGGAUUGCAUGAAGAAGGACUGAGCAAGUUCUCAGAGUACCUUUGUAAACAGAUAGCAAAAAAAGCUGAAGAAAACCUUCAGUUGGCACUGAGCAUUGAGAUGAGUGAUCGUAGGGCAGCAGUUACCUAUGCUGAUACUCUCACACUGCUCUUUGAAGGGAUCGCUCGAAUAGUGGAGACUCAUCAGCCUAUCGUUGAGACGUACUAUGGGCCUGGCAGGCUUUACACACUUAUAAAGUACCUGCAGGUAGAGUGUGACCGACAGGCUGAAAAGGUGGUGGACAAGUUUAAUCAGCAGAGGGAUUACCACAGAAAGUUCCAACGUGUGCAGAGCAGCAUGAGAAGUUUAACAAUGGACAAAAUAGAACCCAGGGAGCUGGACACUAUUUUAGCAGAGGUUACGUUAAUGAAUGCUCGCGCAGAACUAUACUUGCGCUUCAUGAAAAGAAGGAUCACUGCUGACUUUGAGGUUUGUGAUGCAGUAGCCUCAGAGGAAGUCAAGCAAGAGCAUCAGAAGGCACUGGAUAAACUCUGUAACCUAUGCUUGCUGAGUCGGAAUAUGCAGGAACUGAUUGGAUAUUACAUCACCAUGGAGGAAUACUUCAUGAGAGAGAUGGUCAACAAGGCUGUUGCAAUGGAUGUCUGUGAGAGGGGCCAGUUGACAUCCAGCAUGGUGGAUGAUGUUUUCUUCAUUGUGAAGAAGUGCAUUGGUCGUGCUCUGGCAAGCUCCAAUAUCGACUGUCUGUGUGCAAUGAUCAACCAUGCCACCACUGUACUGGAGUCAGAUUUCAGGGAAGUACUUUAUAACAAGCUGCGUAUGGGUUUCCCAGCUACAACCCUUCAGGACAUACAGCGUGGUGUGACCAGUGCAGUGAACAUCAUGCAUUCCAGCCUGCAGCAGGGCAAAUUUGACACUAAGGGCAUUGAAAGUACAGAUGAAGCCAAGCAAUCUUUUCUGGUGACUCUGAACAAUGUGGAGCUGUGCAGUGAAAAUCUUCUGACCCUGAAAAAGAACCUAGAGAGUGACUGUACAAAACUGUUGAGCCAAGGACUGGGAGCAGAACUUGCACAAGCAAAGAUUGACAGCUGCCUAUCAGACCUGGCUGCAGUAUCCAACAAAUUUAAGGACCUCCUGCAGGAAGGCUUAGCAGAGCUCAAUACCACAGCUAUCAAACCACAGCUAAAGCCUUGGAUAACUGGGUUCCUCUCCAUCUCCCAUAACAUUGAGGAGGAGGAGUUUAAUGAUUAUGAAGCCAAUGAUCCUUGGGUCCAACAAUUCAUUCUCAACCUGGAGCAAUUAAUGGCAGAAUUCAAGGUUGGAUUGUCGCAAGUGAUCUACGAUCACCUCACCAGUCUGAUGACCAGCUUGAUUGCAGUUGAACUGGAGAAGGUGGUUCUCAAGUCCGUGUUCAGUCGGCUUGGUGGGCUGCAGUUUGACAAGGAACUCCGUUCGCUAGUGGCGUACCUGACAUCGGUAAUCACUUGGACCAUCCGCGAUAAGUUUGCUCGUCUCUCUCAGAUGGCAACGAUACUGAAUUUGGAAAGGGUCACUGAGAUCUUGGAUUACUGGGGCCAAAACUCUGGGCCAUUAACCUGGCGUCUCACCCCUGCUGAGGUGCGCCAGGUACUUGCUCUCCGGAAUGACUUCCGUAGCGAGGACAUCAAGAGGCUCCGCUUGUAGUGUCAGCAGCUGGAAAGACUUCACAGGGUUGGUUGUUGCAUAUCCUCUUGGAGCAAGAUGCAGACCUUCUUAUCUCCAGACAGUGAGACCUGAGCUUAUCGACAGUCUGGUAUGCACUGAAAAUUUCUCCCACACUUUCCUUCCCUUAAUAGGGAAUUCCUUGAGCAUUAUUUCAACAGUGUCCUUGAAUGUGGCUCAAGAUGAGCUCUACGGCCAUGCAGUUGGAGUUAAAGGGAGUUACUCCAUGAUACUUGCAGUCUGCUCUUGAGGCUUUGCUUUAGUUUGCAGCUGAUAGAGUUGGUUUGCUUCCAGAGUAUGAUUCCUAGGCUUUUCAGAGCAGUCUGUUACUGUGCUCAUUCCAGACCAGAAGGAGAGCGAUUCCACCCUGUGACGUGCUGUGCUGUCUAGUCUUUCUGGAUUAACAAAGUAUUGCAUCUAAAUUCAACACGUGACCAUCGAACUUCUACAUGCUGUUCAGUGAAUCCUGUUAGAAAAUGUGGGCGUGGAUUAAACGUCUGUAGGUAUGACUGGUCCGGUGGUGUUGGGAGAAGCUGCUGGUACUCACUAUGGGGAAUGAUAUAUCUGGUGAAGUGCUGGAGAUCGGAAUCCAACUUAGAACAAGUACAUCUCUGGACUGGGAUGUGAGCCCACAACCUCAGGAAUCAGAGUGGUACUUAGUCAGGAUUAACUCACCCAGUCCAAUUUAUACUAAUUGUCAUAUGCUGUUAUCUGCAGAUUUCACUGACAUCGUCAGAACCAUAUUUGAAUGCCAGACACAGGUGAAGUAUUCACUUGGCUUACUUAACGAGAGGUAAACAAUUUCAUUAUUUAAUAUCACGUGUUGAACAUUAUCACAGUGAUCAACAUCAAGCAGGUGCAUGGUAUGUGGGCACACUAUUAAAUAUAAAUUGUGUCAGAAUUAACUGGAAACUGACUGCAAAGAUUUGGGUUUGGAAAAUAAUCACAGAGGAAUCAUGUUAAUAUUUCAGUUUGACAUUGGCUCAGUGCUUGUCACCAUAUCUCCAGUAAUGUAUGUUGUUAUGCCCAACUGCUACAGCAACCAUGCAUUGUAAAGUGCACAAGUGAAUAUGGACAUUAAAAUCACUUUCUGGAAAUGCAUCAUUCUACCACAAGCUUUGCAGAAAUGGUAUCUCAGUGGUUAGCUGUUCAAAGAAGUGCUUCAAGCAAAGAAUAAAACAAAAUAUUGCAGUUGAUCGAGACCUGAAGUAAAAACAGAAAUAGUCAGAGAAAUUCAAGGCAUUGGCUUAAAGCACAAAUGCUUCCUCUACAAACUGACUUUGCAUGUUCCACAUUUUGUUUUCAGUAUGUUGUGAUGUGUUACUCAGUGUCAAAUUUCCUGCCACCGGAAAUAAACUAUUAUUUGUGUA